AAUCCAGUUUCUGAAGCACCCUGUUUUCCCCCCGGUUGUCAAAUGACAGCUGUCAACUGUAUAAAAUAUCUUUAUUGUUGUACUACCACAGGCCGUGUGCGAAGGAUUGUGCUGUGAAAUUUUGUGAGUUUUUCUUUCUCUCCCCUCUAAAGAAACUUUUGAAAUACCACAAAAUCCAAGAUGCGUCUAACCAACAUUCUCAAUGGCCAACAUUUUGGUAACCUUGCCAAGGUCCAUGGUAUUGUCACAUACAAAAUUUCUCCCUUCGAGCAACGCGCCUUUGCUGGUGCCAUCAGCCAUGGUCUGCCCAACAUUUUCCGCCGUGUCCGCUCAAAUGUAUUCACUGUAGCUCCACCCUUCAUUAUUGGCUACUUGAUUUACAACAUGGUUGAGGCCGAGCAUCACCACUUGACCCGCAAGAACCCAGCUGAAUUCGCCAAUGAUGAAUAAAAACAUUGUACUAUAGAAUUCAUCUCCCGAUAGUUUAAUUUUAAAAAUAAAAUAAAAAAAACAAAAACCUAACUGGCAAAAGGUUGGAUCAAAAAAAAAAAAGAAAAA